AUGAAAAACUCGGACUUUAUUCGUUCGGCCGACACAUUGAAAGGUCCGAUGCGGAACAAUGCAGAUUGUCUCGUGGAAGUUAAUCGCCUUCUCCAAUUCUUUGACCUCAACACGAUGACUUUUCCAGGCCACGCUAAAGGAAAGUACGAUGUCGAACCUGAAAAUGAUGACGUAAUGGAUCAAAUUAUCGCCUUCUGCAAAAAUGUUAUUCUCAAACCUACAAUGGAUAUUUCUAAGAUGGAACUUCAUAAAAUCCAAUUUAGAAGGGCAAUCACUAUGCUCGUGUUUAAGGAUAUUUCGAAAAGUCCAGAGAUACAAAUAGAUUGCCUUUUGAUACUUCGAAUUGCCACCCUUUGUCGACGAUACUUCGACUCCAAUGCAGAUAUUUUGAAGGAGGCGCCAGAGCUU